CUUGUCGCUCUACUUCGGUAGAUUCUAAGUUCUUUAGUGCAGUUGGUGGGAGAAAAGGAGUAUGCAAGUUCCAGAGGCAGCCUCAAAGAAGGAGCUCGGUGCACGCCCUAAAACGGGUACCACCAAAGCCCUGGUGCCCGCUAUACGGAUGUGCGCCCAACUCGAGCCCCUGGCUGGCCGCCCGGGCGGAGUGAGAACUCGAGAUUCUUCCCCGCCGCGCGUUUCACAAUCUGAAACCCUCGAGAGGAGCGGCGCCGGGGCCAGCCCUGGCGUCCGAGGCGCGGAGGCCCCAGCCCGCCGGGUCGUUUUCCGUCUGACUCCAGACUUUUUGCAACCUUCUGCCUCCCUAAGCCCGGACUACGUGAACAUCUACAAGACCUUCCGGCGUCCACGCCGGUGCAGCGGUGCAAGGAAUGCGCCCAGGGUCGUGGUCGGACAGGCGGCGCCCGCCGCUGGGUCCCGGGCUGCAGGCGGGCUCGCGACGCCCGGCGGGCGGCCCGGGGCAGGGACAGGGACAGGAGCAGGGACGGCCCUGCUUCCUCCCGAAGACAGCCUCGUCGUUCCCCGAGCGCAGAACGCCAGGCACAUGGAGGAUGGACAGGAUCUCGGGCUGGGAGGCCCAGAGGCCAGCCCCGAGCGCCCCGGACGGCGCUGCGCGCUGCUGUCCGGCUUCCGAGAGGAGCUGCGAGCGCUCCUGGUCCUGGCGGGCCCAGCGUUCUUGGCGCAGUUGAUGGUGUUUCUGAUCAGUUUCAUAAGCUCCGUGUUCUGUGGCCACCUGGGGAAGCUGGAGCUGGAUGCUGUCACCCUCGCGAUUGCGUUUAUCAGUGUUGCUGGUCUCUCUGUGGGUUUCGGCUUAUCUUCUGCUUGUGACACCCUCAUGUCCCAGACGUAUGGGAGCCAGAACUUGAAGCACGUGGGGGUCAUCCUGCAGAAGGCCACCCUGGUGCUGCUUCUCUCCUGCUUCCCCUGCUGGGCGCUCUUCCUCAACGCCCAGAAGAUGCUAUUGCUCUUCCGGCAGGACCCGGACGUGUCCAGGGUGACCCAGGACUAUGUCAUGGUCUUCGUUCCAGCUCUUCCCGCAACCUUCCUUUAUGCGUUACAAGUGAAAUAUUUGCUCAGCCAGGGAAUCGUACUGCCCCAGGUCCUAACCGGAAUAGCAGCCAACCUCGUCAAUGCCCUCAUCAACUAUCUGUUUCUUUAUCAGCUGCACCUUGGGGUGAUGGGGUCAGCACUGGCAAAUACGAUUUCCCAGUACACCUUGGCACUGCUGCUCUUCUUGUACAUCCGUGUGAGGAAACUGCAUCAAGCCACCUGGGGAGGUUGGUCCCGUGCGUGCCUGGAGGACUGGACCUCCUUUUUCAACCUGGCCAUCCCCGGCAUGCUCAUGUUGUGCAUGGAGUGGUGGGCCUAUGAGAUCGGCAACUUACUGAGCGGCAUCCUCGGCAUGGUGGAGCUGGGAGCCCAGUCUGUCAUGUAUGAACUGACCGUCAUUUUGUACAUGAUACCUUCAGGCUUAAGUGUGGCUGCCAGCGUCCAGAUAGGGAACGCGCUGGGUGCAGGAAAGAUCGAGCAGGCCAAGACGUCCUCCACCGUCGCCCUGCUGGUCACAGGAGUCUUGGCUGUAACCUUUUGUGUCCUGAUACUAAGCUGUAAGGACUUUGUGGGGUACAUUUUCACUACCGACGGAGAAGUCAUUGCUCUAGUGGCCCGGGUGAUUCCGAUCUCUGCUGUUUCCCAUCUGUUUGAAGCUCUUGCUUGCACAUGUGCCGGCGUUCUUCGGGGGAGUGGCAACCAGAGGAUUGGGGCCAUUGUCAAUACCGUUAGCUAUUACGUGAUUGGUCUCCCCAUCGGGAUUUCGCUGAUGUUCAUAGCCAAACUGGGAGUGAUUGGUCUGCGGUUAGGGAUGCUUAUCUGCGCCAUCAUACAAUCCCUGUGUUUUCUCAGCGUUAUUGGUCGGCUAAACUGGAAAAAAGCCUGUGAAGAGGCUGAGAUCCAUGCCAACCUGACAGUAAAUAUGGCCCGGGAUGGGACCUCUGCUGCCUGCCGGGACCCAGUGUACCCUGAGAACCGUGGAAGAAUUUUAAUGCGACGUGUUGGGAGAAAUGAGGAGAUUUGGUUACACCAGCGUGUGCAUCAGGAAGAUUCCGAGGCCCAAGCCCAAGCAAGGGACACAACUACGUUAACUGUAAAGCAGUUGCUGCGACGGCGUGGAUUUCUGCUCCUGGGGUUCAUUUCCGUCUUGAUCUUAGGGAUUUUAGUGAGAGCCUAUGUCUGAGUUGAGUGA